CUUUUCUUUUCCUUUUUUUUUUAUUUUUUUUUCUCUUCAUGUCAGAACUCAUCAGUGUGUGGGGUGAACUUAUUUUAACAUGGUUAUGGCGAUUGACGGAAGAAACUUUUUGGGUACAACUUUUUGGUGAUCGACUCCUUCAAUUAUUGAAACGAUACUUUGGCAAUGAUGUUGUUUUAUGUGGCAUGUUGUUUUAUAUUACUCCCAUGAUUACCGCUCCUUUCAAUAGUUUGAUUGCUACCAGCACUACACGAUUUUAUAGUUAUUGGUACACUACGAUCAAAAUAAGUCAAAAGGAAAGUGAAGUCUACAACAUAUUACAAAGCUUUAUUGCAACCCAAUUGGAUGAAAGAGACUUUAGGAAUGUGGAAGCCAAAGUAAUGGAUAAGUCAGCAGAUGAGGACUUUAAUGAAGACAGAGAAGGACAACAACAGGCACCCAAAUUGGAAUUAUUUCCAUCGGACAAGAGUCAUACUUUCUAUUACAAGGGAUAUAAAAUCUGGGUCAAUAUUGGUAAAGAAGCUCCUGAUUCUUUUGAAAAUGUCGAUACGUAUGGUAGUCAAUUGUCAGACGUACUCAAUAUGGUCAAUCAAGUCAAUAUGAUGUCUAUUACUAUGAAAACUCGUCAAACAUCUCUAUUACAUGGAUUCUUGGAAGAAUGGAUUCAAAUACAACACCAAAAAAGAUAUGGAAAGACAACUAUUUACAAAACUUCCAAUAGUCGAUAUUGUGGAACUUCAUGGGUUCAAGUUGGUACCAAAGUAUUACGACACUUUGACUCUGUUUUUUUGAAGAAAGGUCAAAAAGAAAGACUUUUGAAUGAUAUUCAAUUAUUUCGACAACGAGAAAAAUGGUAUGCCAAUCUAGGUCUUCCUCAUCGUCGUGGAUUUUUACUUAGUGGACCUCCUGGUACUGGCAAGACCUCCUUGGUACAAUCCAUUGCAAGCAAAUUGAAUAUGAAUGUAGCCAUUCUCAGCAUCACUUCUAACAUGGACGACGAAACGAUCCAAUAUUUAUUACGUACGGUACCCUUCAACAGUAUUUUAUUGAUUGAAGAUAUCGAUCAUUGUGAUGGAUUCAAGACCAAAAGCAAGGAAAAGGCGGCUCCAAAGGAAAAUGGUAAUUAUGGACAAUUGACAAUGACAGGGAUUUUGAAUGCUUUGGAUGGUGUGACGGCUCAAGAAGGUAGUAUGGUGUUUAUGAGUUGCAAUAAUAUGGAUGAAAUCGAACCUGCUUUACUUCGACCUGGACGGAUUGAUCUCAAGAUGGAAUUAGGUUAUGCGGAUCGUGAUCAAAUCAAGGCAAUGUACCAUCGAUUUAUGGAUCAAAACGAUGAAGAUGAUGUUAAGACGCCCAUGGUGUUGACUUCCUCUCAAUCUUCUACACUCUCCACUAGCUCCACUGUGGUCACAGAUGACGAUGAUGAUGAUGAUGAUGAUAUGAAGAAACAACAAGACGAUACCCAAUUGGAGGAUGUAGAUCGAUUUGCUAAUGUGAUUCCUGUCAAUUAUGUGACUCCUGCCGAACUUCAAAACUUCUUUAUCUCUCAUCUAGAUAGUAUUCAAGCUCAUGUCGAUCCUAUCCAAUGUAUCAUUGAUUUGGUUCCUGCGUUUUUGGAAACGGUCAAGGCAGAUCGUGCUCAUGCCAUACAACAUCGAGAUGCUGGAAAGGAUGAAGACAAGGCCAAGGAUGAAGACAAGACCAAAGAUGAAGAAAGGACCAAGGAUGAAGAAAAGACCAAGGAUGAAGAAAAGGAUGAUACCACUUAGAACCAAAAAAAAAAAAAA